CACACACACAAAGAUCCUUUUAUUUCAACACACACACAAACAAAGAUCCUUUUAUUUCACUAGAACUUAAAAGUGAUCAGUGUGAGAUGAGGAACAUUCCUAAUUUGCAUGGGACCAGUGGGUACAAUGGUUUAAAAGCUAAUAGGUUCAAAUUCAAGAAUGCUGUGAAGAAAGUGAUGAGAGAUUUGUCGAAUCAUCAAAACAUGGUUCAGAUGGAGAACAUGGUCAGAAGAAUUAUUCGAGAGGAGCUUGAUCGUUAUAGUCAACGACAUCAUCAUCAUCAUCUCUCUUCGUCGUGGUCCCAAACCGAACGCACACGUUCUGAAACGCAGUCAUCACGUUCACGACUCGAGCUGCGGUUCAUAAACUCGCCUCCUUCUAAAAUAUUCACUGAAGCCAAGAUCGUAGCCAAGGACGGUUCUCCCAUCGCGCUUGAGCUCGUGGACGCAGCCACGAACGCUCGAAUCGUUUCAGGACCGCUCUCGUCUUCCCGUGUGGAGAUCGUGCCGCUGAAAGCUGAUUUCACGGAGGAGAGGUGGACCGUUGACGUAUUCAAAAGUUAUAUUGUGAACCAAAGAGAAGGAAAACCUCCGUUACUCACCGGAAAUCUAAUUGUCACGCUUGAAAACGGCGUCGGUGUGAUAGCCGGAGGCGUCGCUUUCUCGGAUAACUCGAGUUGGACUAGGAGUAAGAAUUUCCGGUUAGGUGCUAGGUUAACCGGUGGUGGUGCCGUGGAGGCAAGAAGUGAAGCCUUUCGGUGUAAAGAAAACCGUGGAGAAUCUUAUAGAAAACAUUACCCUCCCUAUUUCUAUGACGAUGUGUGGAGACUGGAGAAAAUAGCUAAAGGUGGCGUUUCGGCAAAGCGUUUGGCAGAACAGAAGAUUUAUACCGUCAAGGAGUUUCGCCGUUGGUAUGCAGUAUACCCAAAUGAGUUAUACAACAUACUUGGUAAAGAGAGGAACUCAGGAGGGAUCUCAAAGAGAACAUGGGAAGCAAUUGUAUCACACGCCAAGACAUGCGUUUUGGAUGAAACAGAUUGUUACAUCUACAACGCAACCACUCUUGGCGUAUCGCUUAUACUCAACUCUGUAUAUGAAGUGAUUAAAGUGGGCUUUAGUGAUGGCACGUUUCGAAACCCUGAUGAGAUACCCACUUAUCAGCUGGAGGAUUUGAAGAGUAAAGCUUAUGAGAAUCUUGCCCUCUUACAGAGCUUUACGGAACAUCCACAAAGAUCCUUGCAAUGCACGCAAACUCCUGGAUUUGGCAUCGCAUGUCCUGGAUUGCAGCACAACAACUUUCAAGGAACUUCUGAUCCAUCAGGCUCUUUGAGUUCUCUUUACUUCACAGCUGCAAACUCAACCGUCCAACCAGAGAUGCUAAUGAGUUUUGGAAACUCACCAGCCACGACGUUUCAUGUCGACAGAAAUUUCUUACAAAGAAACAGCUUCAGGAUAAGUGAACACGACCCGGUGCACAGUGAAACUCAAACUUUAACGACAAUAGGUUAUGUCGAGAAUGCUGAGGAUGGUCACGAUAACACUUUUCCUUAUAAUAACCAACAUGAUAUGUCCUCGAACCUUUCACCUGGUGGGGCGGAUUGGGAGCAACAAGCGUUUAACAGUUUGUAUGUUAGCGUGUUUGGCACGGAAGAAGCUGGAACUUUUAAUGUUCGUCUUGCAAACACUGUGGGGUCUCCAAGAGCCAGGUGGUGUAAGGUUAAGGCAGCUUUCAAGAUACGAGAAGUCUGGAGACAGACAGCUGCUAGCAGUGGCGGAGCCAGAAAGUUUUCUUACCGGGGUCAGAAAAUAAAUAAAUAA